CUUGACGGAAACGGGCUCGGAAGGGGCGCAUGCUUCGGCGUGUCACAGCGUGUGUAAUGCCCUUGCCGCAGGGAAUCAGUGCCUACACAGUACAAACUGGGUCUUGGGGCGUAUGGUUGUGGUCAGAAUGUUGGUUCCGUCUCCGUCUGAUUACUGUGUUGGAUCUUGGGGGGAACAGGGGCACUGACCGUUAAGCCGAGUGCUUCACUUUCAACCCUCAGUCCCAUAUAAGUCACUGUUCCCUACCCACCUAACCCAGCAUCUACCUACCAACCAUUGAAUCGUGAUCCUUCUUCACACACCUCGUGCAACCCCAACAACUCAUUAGUAUAUCUUGGCCAACACCGGUUUAUUUUCACCUCAGUGUUCCUCCCAAUCACUAUCCUCCCUCCCCUAUCAAUCACACCCCAUAAACCUGCUGAGUGAGCAUGUCACCGUCUGCCAUCUCGGACAACGAUAUUUCCCCUGGGGCCUCGACCUACGCAGUCCAGAGCCCCUCCCCCAACUUCAACGGUUACGACCACAUCACCUGGUGGGUGGGCAACGCUAAGCAAGCCGCCGGCUUCUACACAACCUACUUCGGAUUCAAGACUAUCGCCUACCGCGGUCUCGAGACUGGCAGUCGGUAUUUCGCUUCAUAUGUUGUUGCCAACAAUGAUGUCCGUUUCGUUUUCACAUCGCCGAUCCGUUCGGCCAAGUACCUGCCCGAGGAUGAAGCCAUCUCGGUCGAGGAUAAGCGUCUCCUUGAGGAGAUGUACGAGCACAUGGAGAGACACGGUGACGCCGUCAAGGACGUCGCCUUCGAGGUCGACAGCGUCGACGGCGUCUACCAUAAGGCGGUGGCCGAGGGCGCCGACGCCGUCCAGCCUCCCACGACGACGGGCAACAAGGAGCACGGCCACGUGCGCACCGCCGUGAUCCGCACCUACGGGGACACCACGCACACGCUGAUCGCGCGGCAAAACUUCCGCGGCGCCUUCCUCCCGGGCUUCCGCGCUGUCCCCGCGGCAACGGCCCCCGCGCUGGCGACGCUCCCGGACGUGCCCCUCGCGCGCAUCGACCACUGCGUCGGCAACCAGGACUGGAACGAGAUGGUGUCGGCCUGCGCCUUCUACGAGCAGUGCCUCUCGUUCCACCGGUUCUGGUCGGUGGACGACAGCCAGAUCUGCACCGAGUUCAGCGCGCUGAGCAGCAUCGUCAUGGCGAGCCCCAACAACGUGGUCAAGAUGCCCAUCAACCAGCCGGCGCCGGGCAAGAAGAAGUCGCAGAUCGAGGAGUACGUCGUCUUCAACAGCGGGCCGGGCGUGCAGCACAUCGCGCUGCUGACCCCGGACAUCCUCGCCGCCGUCGCCGCCCUGCGCGCCCGCGGCGUCCAGUUCAUCGACGUGCCCAAGACCUACUACGACACCAUCCGCGCCCGCCUCAAGACGGAGAAGCGCAACUGGGAGCUCAAGGAGGACCUCGAUGCCGUCGAGCGCCUCAACAUCCUCAUCGACUACGACGAGCAGGGCUACCUGCUGCAGCUGUUCACCAAGCCGCUCAUGGACCGGCCCACCGUCUUCAUCGAGAUCAUCCAGCGCAACGAGUUUGACGGCUUCGGCGCCGGCAACUUCAAGAGCCUGUUUGAGGCCAUUGAGCGGGAACAGGACGAGCGCGGGAACUUGUAGAUUUUUUGUUUAUGAGCAUCUUUUUUGGUGGUUGUUUAAGCGACGUAGAGUUAUGAUACCGUUUUUGCUUUUAUAGCUAGCAUCCUUUCAAUGAAUGACUGAUGCUAUUCUCUCUCCCUUUUUGAAAAAGUUAUGGUGUUUUCCUGUCCCGGCCGUGAGAUAAUGCCCGCUAUGUUCCCAUGAAAGCCAUCCAACGCCCUCUUGCAAGUCUACGUACUCCGAUUCGAACCUAAAGAAAAACGGUAGGCCAAGUGUUCUUGACCACCCAACACCCAACACGCAUAUAUCACGCGGCGGCGCCUAUGCAUCUAUAACCAUCGCCUCACUCGCGCCAUUCCCCAGGGCGUGAG